UGCAUGCCGGUUGAUUCUCAGGCAAGAGGAGGGGGCGUGGCCAUCGCGCAGCCGGAGGUUGCCAUGGAGAUGACGUGCGGGCGCACAGCGGAGGGGGCGUGGCUGUGACGGGAGAGCGCGAGCAGGAGGCUGCAGUUCGGUUGUAGCGGUCCCGGAGGUCCAAGUGAUAUCACAAUGCCCAUCCGCCGUGCGGUCAACUCGUCCGCCCAAGAGACUCCUCCCAAGAACCGCCCGGCUGAGAGCAAGGAAAAAGCAGAGGCAGAUGCCAGCUCCGAGGAAUCGGCUUCUACUGGGGAAGAGCAGGAGACCCCCCCGGCCACUUCCAGCGAGACGGAGCAGCCCAAGGAGGCGGAGCCUGACGAGGAGAAGAAGGAAGAUGGACAGAUAACUGAGGAGACCAAAAAGGAGGAAGAGAAGGAACAGUCGAAGGAGAAAGAAAAGAAAGUGAAGAAGACGAUUCCAUCGUGGGCGACUCUCUCUGCCAGUCAGAGGGCUCGGGCCCAGAAACAAACUUACGUGUCUUCCUCCUCCCGCCCCAAGAUGGACGCCAUCCUGACCGAGGCAAUUAAGGCCUGUUUCCAGAAGGGCGGUGCGUCGGUGGUGGCCAUGCGCAAGUACAUCAUCAGUAAGUACCCCUCCCUGGAGCUGGAGCGCAGGGGCUAUCUGCUCAAACAGGCGCUCAAGCGGGAACUGGAGAGAGGAAUUAUCCGCCAGGUGAAAGGGAAAGGUGCGUCCGGCAGUUUCGUGGUGGUUCAGAAUUCUGGCAAAUCCGCUGCCAAGUCCCGAGACAAGAAGAGAAGCAGCGCCCCCGCCGGGGACCAGCCCAGUGUCAAACUGGAGGAUAUCUUGCCCCUGGCAUUUACCCGCGUCUGUGAGCCCAAGGAGGCCUCGUACAGUCUCAUCAAGAAGUACCUGUCCCAGCACUACCCCAAACUCAAGGUGGAUAUCAGACCUCAGCUGCUGAAGAACGCCUUGCAGAGAGCUGUAGAGAAAGGGCAACUGGAGCAGAUCACUGGCAAAGGAGCUUCCGGCACAUUCCAGCUGAAGCGGGCAGGAGACAAGCCUCUUCUGGUGGGUGGAGCCUUUGAGGAUGCCAUACUGGCCGCCAUAACCGCCAUGAACGAGCCCAAGACUUGCUCAACCACCGCCAUCAAAAAGUAUGUCCUGGAGAACCACCCAGGGGUCAACUCCAGCUUCCAGGUGCAUCUGCUGAAGAGGACGCUGCAGAAAUGCGAGAAGAACGGUUGGUUGGAGCAAAUCUCCGGGAAGGGUUUCAGUGGGACCUACCAGCUCUGCUUCCCAUAUUACCCAAGCCCCUACGUGCUGUUCCCUGAGAAACCCCAGGAGAAGGAGGAGGAGUCAGAGGAGGAGUCUGAUGAUGAUGAGGAGGAGGAGGAGUCUGAAGAGGAAGAAUCCGAGGAAGAGGAACCCCCUCCAAAACGGAGGAUGCACAAGAAGAAGGCUCCGCCCAAAUCCAGGACAAGGGCCCCCCCACCCAAACCCAAAAAGAGAGCCCCCCCAUCACGAGGGAAGGCAAAAUGUCCAGAAAAAAGCCCCCCCACCCCUCCUCCAAAAUCCAAGAAGGGAAAGGCCGCCCCGGCUCCUCCUCCUCCUGCCGCCAAGAAGCCAGUCAGCCGGCCCCCCAAGAAACCCGCGGCCGCCAAGAAACCAGUGAAACCCGCAGCAAAGGGCAAGUCGAGCCAGAGGAAGUCGCUGCGCGUGCGGAAGUGAUUGGGCCCCCGGGGAGGAGCCGAGCGCUCACUUUACAGGAGAAAAAGAAAAAAAAUACAAAAACUUUUGUAAGGUGCAUUUCCUUCCCCCCCAGGCCUGACACUCCUCCCCCAGGCCUGACACGCCCCUUUAUUUUCUAAGGAUGAUUCUGUUUGGUUUCCCCUUGGGCCCCAGUGGCCCCCAUGUGGCUCUGAAACAUCAUUUAUUUAAAGGGAAAGUUGUAUUGAGGUUUGAGUUGCUUUGUUGUUUAGUUGUACGGCAGCCCCAGUUCUGCUCCUCCAAUCAGAAGCCCCAGCCCCGCCCCCUUCCCGUCAGUGCACCAGUAGCAUCGCAGCAUCAUGUAGGGUAGAAAAGUGUAGAUUUUUGUAAAUUAAAUCCUACCCUUCCACCAGCGGUGCCCACUCUGCCCGGCCACCAGGCUGACACUCACUUCAGCUUCUUUUUUUCUUUACCCUUCCCCCCCAGGCAGAUAAUGCUGGGAAUUGUGUCCUGUAGCAAUCACUAAUGGUAUGGAGUAUAGCAAGGGCUGGGGAUGUGCAGCUAGUGUAACCCCAGUGCAGCUUGGCUGGUAGUAGUAGUACGGCGUGCCUCUGCCUCCCUGCCGAGACAUGGAAUUUGCUUUGGUUUUUCUUUUUCAUUUGCCCAUUGUAAUAGCAGCGCCGCACACAGGAAGGAAUGCGACACCGCAUGUUGUACAAAAGCUGCACUGCAGCCCCCCCCCUCUCCCCCCAACUUAAACCAGUCGUGUCUUUACUUUAAAUUUUGCCAUUUUGUAAGAAGCUCCGCCCAGGGACAGAGAUGUGAUCCAAUGGGUCUCCUGCUGUUUGCUAUAAUAAAGAACCUAGAUUCUA